AUGAGCGUCGGAGGCCGCAAUGCGCCGCUCUCUCCUGUCUCGAUAGGCGCAAGCGAGUGGUCAUCAACUUCUGUCCGGAUCCAUUCAAAAGGCGGUCAUUACCCCCACGGUCACGGCAACCUUGUCUCCCCGCCGAACUCGGGAGGCUCCAACGGGACCAUGAACAUGAAUGGCUUCCCCUCGGGGCCUCGAAGCAAUGGAGGGCCGUCGCCGCCGGCGUCCAUGUACUCCGCCCGAAGCGAAGGCAACCGCGCCAGCACCCGUGGCGACAUGGACGAGUCCGUCAUGAACGAGCACUAUGUCACCCUCAAGGCCUUCCUCCACACGCGCGACAGCAGCAACCGACAGCAGCCCAACAAGGCGCGUGACAAGCUCCUGCGUCUCUCGACGGUGCAAUUCUACGAGCUCAGCACCGACGUCUUCGACGAGUUGAUGCGCCGCCAGGCCACGGCGCGGGCACCACCGAACGCGCUCAACGCUCUGCCCACCUAUCUCCUACCCGAAAAAUCAUUCCACCCGAAGCGAAACCAGGCCAGGCAAAGGCUGUCGUCCCUCGGGCCUCCCCGAUUCCGAGACCUCGCCUCGGAUGUCUUCCACGAGCUCGAACGCAGGUUCCCCUACUUCGUCGCCGCCGACAUUUCCAGGGACGGCAGCGCAAUGUCGGGCCCCAUGAGCCGGACGGGAACCCCCGCGAACGGCAACAUGUUCCCGCCUCGGGGCCAAAGCCGGAUACGGAGACCGUCCGAUUCCAGCUCCACCCGCGGACUUUUGCCGGGGGACGGCUACGGGAUCCCAGCAUCGUCGACCUUUGCCGGCGGCGACCAUGGGCGGCCGAUGCCGAAGCAACUGAAUCACAGCAACACCAUCGUCCCCAACAAGAGCACCAUGGUCGAGGACGACGACGACGACGACGACGACGUUGCGUUUGAGCUUGACGGCAUCGCCCUGGACAGGGACGGCGGCCGCAUGCAGGGAGGCGGUGCUACGUCGGAGGCGGACAAGAAGCUCAUCGAGGACUACCAAGCUCAGCUGAAGAAUCUGCGCGGGAAGCUGGACGGCAUGGAAGAUCACAUGAAGAGGAAGGAGGACGAGAUGAACGGCAUGCUGGACAUGGAACGAGCACGGGCCACGGCGGCAAUCCUCGAAAAGAAGGAGUGGGGCAACACUCGACUGAAGCUGGAGAAGAAGCUGGCGGAGGCGCAAACGCUCAACAGGUCGAUGAAGGAAGAGCUGAGCCGCGUGCGCGACGAGCACCUGCAGGAAGCGCGGCGACUUCGCGACGAAAUAUCGGAACUCAAUCGAGCGCCCAAGGGCGGCGUGCCGGACCCGGAGCUCCAGAAGGAAAACGACGAGCUGCGCGAUUCGCUACGGCGGCAGCAGCAAGUGACGGAAGAGGUUCGGCGAGAAGGCCAGGCGUUCCUGACGGAGAUGAGGCAGCUGUCGGAGCAGAGCGGCUCGACGUACGAGAAGCAAGCCGAGAUGGAAAGGACAAUCGAGCAGCUCGAGCGCGACGUCCGCGACUGGAGAAACCGAUAUGCGCGCGCCAAGACGCAGCUUCGAAGCAUCCGCUCGUCCUCGCUCGGGCUGACGAUGGACCAAGAUGUCGCCAAAUGCGUCCGAGACAAAGGCUUCCUGGAGGAGAGCGGGCUCGUCGAGGACGUGCACGUGACGAAGUUCCAGAUGGCCAUCGACGAGCUGCUCCGCGUCGCCCGAACCGAGUCGCCGGACAAGGUGACGGAGGCCAUGAAGAUGGUGGUGGUCAGCGUGCGUCGCAUCACCAGCGACCUCGACGACGCCGCGCCUCGGCACGAGGAGCAAGUCCAGCAGCAGACCAAGCUCAAGGCUCGGGUUUCGUCGACGGCCAACGCGCUCAUCACGGCAUCCAAGAACUUUGCCGCCGGCGCCGGCAUCUCCCCCAUCGCUCUCCUCGACGCCGCCGCGUCUCAUCUAUGCGCCGCCAUCGUCGACCUUCUCCAGCUCGCCAAGAUCCGGACGACGUCGGGGGGGGAGCUGUGGGACGACGACGAGGUGACGACGCCGGUGGAGUCGGCCGGCGCCAUGUCGUCGCGUCGAACGACGCAGACGCCGACCCAGCCCGCCCUGCCUCCGCCUCCGCCGUUCCAGGGACUCGGCGGCAUCCGAGCGAGCGCCGAAUCGUCGGCGUACAGCCCGAUCAGCUCACCCCGAGAAUCGGUCGACCCGUACCCCACGAACGGAUCGGCCGGUCUGGCGAACGGCAGGGGCUACUUGAGCCUUGACGGCGAAAUGCUGCACAAGGACAGCCGAGCCGAGGAUCUCAAGGUACGCGGAGACGACGGGUCCCCGGCGGUUCCGACGCCAUCGACACGGCUGACGGUGCUGCAGAUCUACCUCGACGACCAGACGGCCAUGCUCGUUUCCGGGGUCCAGAGGCUCGUGAGCUGCGUCCGGGCCGGGGCUGCGAUGAGGACGAUCAUGAACGAAGUCGAGUCGAUCAGGGCAACUGUCGACAAGGUUGUCGCCGAAACAAGCGGCAACGGCUAUGGCCAGCUGGUGACUCGCCUGGACGAUGGCAAGAAGAAGAUCCUCGAAGCCUGCGAGCGGGGACAGGACCUGGUCAACCUUGGCCAGGGCCCCGGCGACGGCGAUUGGCGCAGGUGGGCGCAGACGCUGCCGCCCAUCGCGUUCGGCAUCGUUCGCGAGACGAAGGAGCUCGCGCAGCGCGUGGACAGCAUGGCCGCGGGCGGCGCCGACGAGUUUUCGUGA